AUGACACUCAGACUAAAUCUUGAGGGAUAUAAACAUGCCACAGUGAUCAGUGCUUACCCUCCAACCUUCCUUGCAGAGGAUCAAACAAAAGAAUUAUUUUAUGCCGCUUUAGACACAGUUCUCACAGCUAUCCCAAAUGAAGACAAAGUUAUCCUUUUAGGUGACUUUAAUGCUAGAGUACGAGGAGACAGUGACAUCUGGAGAGGUUCCAUUGGAAAAGAGGGUGUUGGCAAAAUUAAUGCAAAUGGAACACUCCUACUCUCAAAGUGUGUAGAACAUGAUCUGCGGUGUCUCGCUAAUAAACUAGAACAGGAAUAUCCACCCAAUAAUGUUGAUCACUGGAGAAAAUUUAAGGAUUCUGUAAUCAGCGCAUGUAAAGAAUCAGUUGGUCUGAAGAAAUGCAAACAUCAAGAUUGGUUUGAUCAAAAUGAUGCAGCUAUUCAAGAUCUUAUUCAAAAGGCCAGAAAAUAUCUGUUUGAACAUCUGAAUGACCCAAAGUCUGAUACAAAGAAGAAAAUACACCACACAGCAAAAGCCCAGAUGCAAAAUGCCACAAGGGAAAUGAAAAAUAAGUGGUUGACAGACAAAGCAAAUGAGCUCCAAUCCUUCUUUGACAGAAAUGACAUGAGAAGCCUUUUUAGCGGAAUGAAAGCUAUAUUUGGGCCAAAUUCCCAAGGGCUAGCACCCUUACAUAGUCAAGAUGGCACUCGACUCCUUAAAAACAAUAAUGAAAUCCUGUCUCGUUGGAAAGAACAUUUUAAAGAACUGCUUAAUAGAGACCCUAUGAUAGACGAGGAUGUAGUACAACAACUCCCUCGUCUCCCAUUGGAUAUGACACUUGCAGUGGUACCAACUCUAGAGGAAGUGGAGUUGGCUAUCUUCUCUAUGAACAACAAAGCUGCAGGACCCAACAACAUUCCUGCUGAACUAUAUAAAUAUGGGGGACCAACCUUACAUAGUCAACUUCACCAACUAAUUGAAAAAAUCUGGAUGCAUGAGGAAAUUCCAAAUGACCUCAUAGAUGGAAUUAUCAACACAAUGUAUAAGAAAAAAGGGUACCGAUCAGUUUGUGGAAAUGACAGAGGAAUUACCCUCCUGUCAGUAGCUGGAAAGGUCUUAGCAAGAAUUCUUACAAUAAGACUAACACUUCUAGCUGAGAAGAUCCUACCUAAGUCUCAGUGUGGUUUCAGACCUGCUCAUGGUACAGCUGACAUGGUUUUCUCGUCGAGGCAACUGCAAGAAAGAUGUCGAGAACAACAAAAACCCCUUUACAUGGGAUUCACUGACCUGACUAAAGCUUUUGACAGUGUCAAUCAUGAGCUGCUCUGGGAGAUACUAUCUAGAUAUGGACGCCCACCAAAAUUCAUAAAGAUCCUGAGGCUACUACAUGAUAAUAUGUCGGUGACUGUAAUGGCUAAUGGUAUCUCCAUCAAUUACAGAACAGAUGGAGGAAUAUUCAAUCUCAACCGGCUAAAGGCAAGAACUGAAGUCAAUGUUACUGCUAUUGUUGGGCUUCAGUAUGCAGACAACAACGCUGUCUGUGCCCAAACUGAAAAUGAUCUGACUCUGCUGCCCAGAGUGGCAGAAAGAGCCGAAGAAUUUUUGAAAGUCUCAUCAGCGCCAAUACUUUCAUUCUCUGAUGGAUGGUCAUCUGUCACAGAGCGGGGCGUUGUAAUUACCCGGACCGGGGGUCUCAUAUCCGCCCAUGCUAAGCCAAAUACGCCCAACGUCUAUAUCAUAUCCCUUUCUGGGCCAGAGUUUCCUCUUACACAUCUCUGA